CUCCACCAUCAAAACUUUCUUUCAUUAAUUUCUCUUUCUCUAAUCCACCAUCAACAAAUCAAUCUUUAUCUGUAUUCUUGAAUUGCAAAUACCAUAUAUGAGAGACAAAGAAAAAGAUAGCAGCAUGGUUGUUGCAGAGCGCAAAGGUAGUCUUAAUCGACCAAAGUUUGGUGCUCUUUUGCACGCUGAACCUGCAAUCUUUCCUAAGCAAGAAGAUGAAAAUAGCAGUCCAGGGUCUCUUGCAAGCCCUAGAUAUUCAAAUAGUAGCACAGCAACAAGCGGCGAAGGCGAGGGCUCUCCUUAUCUCAUGUCUCCUAGCUGGAGCCAACCCUCUCCUUAUACUAAAUCUCCAUGGCUAAUACCAUCUCCUAUUGUCAAUCAUAAUCUCAGUAAUCACGGUCUUGUUGGUUCCAUUGUUCGGGAAGAAGGCCAUGUCUAUUCUCUUGCUGCCUCUGGUGAAUUGUUGUACACUGGUUCAGACAGCAAGAACAUACGCGUAUGGAGGAAUAUGAAGGAGUUUUCAGGUUUCAAAUCUAAUAGUGGCUUAGUUAAAGCCAUUGUUAUUCUCGGUGACAGGAUUUUCACUGGUCAUCGAGAUGGCAAGAUUAGAAUUUGGAAGAUUUCAGCUAAAAACCCUAGUGUUCAUAAGAGAAUUGGAGGGUUACCCACUUUUAGAGACUACAUCACCAAAUCUGUUAACCCAAAGAACUACGUUGAAGUUCGUCGACACCGAAACGUUCUACGCAUUAAGCAUUUCGAUGCAGUGUCAUGUUUGAGCCUGAACCAGGAACAGGGUUUAUUAUACUCGGGAUCCUGGGACAAAACCCUCAAAAUCUGGAGAAUCUCGGACUACAAGUGCCUCGAAUCCAUCAACGCCCACGAGGACGCGAUUAAUUCGGUCGCGGUUGGAUUCGAUUCUUUGGUGUUUACAGGUUCAGCCGAUGGAACAGUGAAAAUUUGGAAGAGGGAGCUUCAAGGAAGAGGGACAAAGCAUUUCUUGGUUCAAACACUGUUAAAACAAGAAAACGCGGUAACAGCACUAGCAGUAAAUCUUGAAUCCGCAGUGGUUUAUUGUGGGUCAUCGGAUGGAUUGGUAAAUUUUUGGGAACGCAAAAAACACUUAUCGCACGGUGGCGUGCUUCGGGGCCACAAGAUGGCCGUCUUGUGUCUGGCUACUGCCGGUAAUUUGGUACUCAGUGGGUCCGCUGAUAAAAGCAUAUGUGUAUGGCGGAGAGAGCCUGGUGGGAUUCAUAUUUGUUUAUCGGUUUUAACAGGUCAUGGUGGGCCAGUGAAAUGCUUAGCCGUUGGAGAAGACCAUGAGUCUGAUCAUGACCCUCGAGGGUCUGAUAGAGGAGAUCAUCGGUGGAUAGUAUAUAGUGGGAGCUUAGACAAGUCUGUUAAGGUUUGGCGCGUGAGUGAGAACGCACAGCACGAGCCAGAGUGGAAAGAGUAUAAUAAUUAUCAAUCACCUAGGCUAAGUUAUUCUCCGCCGACCGCAAACAAAGUGGGGAAUUAUCAUUAAAAGUUAUAAUCUGUCAGAAAGUACAAAGUUGACGUGGCGCUGAAUGGGAAGUGUAGAUGACGCGGAGACAUAGUAAUUGUUUAUAUACCAGACGAGCAAUUCCGUUGAGGAAAGGUUCCAGCAGUGGGAUAUGGACCACUUGAUUAUAAAACAAACGGUGCUGUUGCAAUGUAUAGUUAUUAUUUAUGGUUCUGAAUGCACAGUAUACAUCCACCAUAACUGAAGCAAAAUGCAAAAUGGUCAAAAAGAAAAAGAAAAAAAAAUCUAAAACCAUCACUUUACAACUGGGUGCAUGGUUAGUUUUCAUCUUGUAUUAACUAUAAAGCUAUAUAUAUGAACAUUUUCUUUGUGUCCA